AUGAAAGGUUUAAUUCUCGUCGGUGGAUAUGGUACUAGAUUAAGACCAUUAACUUUGUCUUACCCAAAACCUUUGGUUGAAUUUGCUAACAAGCCAAUGAUUUUACAUCAAAUCGAAGCUUUAGCUGCAGCUGGCUGUACCGAUAUUGUUUUGGCUGUCAACUACAAACCAGAAGUUAUGGUUGGCGCUUUGAAGAAAUACGAAGAAAUCUAUAACGUUUCAAUUACUUUCUCUGUUGAAGAAGAACCUUUAGGUACUGCUGGCCCAUUAAAGUUGGCGGAAAAGAUUUUACAAAAGGACGAUACCCCAAUUUUUGUUCUUAAUUCCGAUGUUAUCUGUGAAUAUCCAUUAAAGGAAUUAUUAGAUUUCCACCAAGCUCAUGAUGGUGAAGCAACUAUUGUUGCAACCAAAGUUGACGAGCCUUCUAAAUAUGGUGUUAUUGUCCAUGAUAGAGAUGUUCCAAACAGAAUCGAUAGAUUCGUUGAAAAACCAGUUGAAUUUGUUGGUAAUAGAAUUAAUGCUGGUAUUUACGUUAUCAACCCAUCUGUUAUUGACUUAAUUGAAAUGAGACCAACCUCCAUUGAACAAGAAACCUUCCCUAUUUUAGUUGACCAAAAGAAAUUGUAUUCCUUUGAUUUACAAGGUUACUGGAUGGAUGUCGGUCAACCAAAGGAUUUCUUGACUGGUAUGUGUCUAUAUCUAGCUGCUCAAACUAAGAAGAACAACCCAGACUUAUCUAAGGAAGAUUACAUCGUUAAUGGUAACGUCUUGAUUGACCCAUCUGCCAAGAUUGGUAAGGGUUGUGCUAUUGGUCCAAAUGUUGUCAUUGGCCCAAAUGUCGUUAUUGGUGACGGUGUCAGAAUCGUUAGAUCCACCAUCUUAAAGAACUCUCAAAUUAAGGACCACGCUAUGAUCAAGUCUACAAUUGUCGGUUGGAACUCCACUGUUGGUAAGUGGGCCAGAUUAGAAGGUGUUACUGUGUUAGGUGAAGAUGUUACCGUCAAGGACGAAGUGUAUGUUAAUGGUGGUAAGGUCUUACCUCACAAAUCCAUCAAGGAUAACGUUGAAACUCCUCAAAUUAUUAUGUAA